AUGGCUAGUGUUCGCACGCAUGCAACCUUCAGCGUGGGGUUUUUGCAGAGAUAUAAAUUACAGUUCAUCGGCCGUGAGUCUUGGGAGCUGAGUUCCCUGGGGACUGAUUGCCAGGGGCAGGGUGGGAACUGCUGGGAUCUGUCCACAGGAAGCGGAAAGAAAUCAGAAAGCAGCCAAAAAACUGGGAGGAGCAGUCAAGAGCAUGGCCCGGAAAGGUUCAAACCUAGUAAUGAAGACACAAUUUCUGCAGUGAGGGUGUUGACUUUUUACAACUUACUGAUGGAGAAAGUAGUAGCACCUGAGAAUAAUGAGUACCAAAGAAACAAAACUACUGCGUACUUCAGCUGUGGCUUCUACAAAGUGACUCUGAGCAACCCUGUGGAAAAAGUGGCCUAUCUUAUAAUAUUCCAUAUUCUCUUUGUGCUCUUUGUGUGGACGUAUUGGAAGUCUAUUUUUACUCUCCCGGUGCAGCCAGGCAAAAAGUACCAUAUAUCCUAUGCUGACAAAGAACGCUAUGAAAAUGAAGAAAGGCCGGAGGUGCAGAGGCAAAUUCUCGCUGAAAUCGCAAGGAAGUUGCCGGUGUACACAAGAACGGGGAAUGGAGGUGUUCGAUUCUGUGAUAGAUGCCAGCUAAUAAAACCUGAUCGAUGUCACCAUUGUUCCGUUUGUGCCAUAUGCGUGCUAAAAAUGGAUCAUCACUGUCCAUGGGUGAAUAACUGCAUUGGAUUUUCUAACUACAAAUUCUUUCUGCUGUUCUUAGCCUAUUCUUUGUUGUAUUGCUUGUAUAUUGCUGCAACGGUCUUCAAGUAUUUCAUUAAGUAUUGGACAGUAAGUCGUGAAAUCUGGUUACUUUUUCAUAUCCUCUGAAUGGCUACAAUAUGCAUAAUCCUGUUUCAGAGUAUUUGGCAUUGAUUUUCAUUUUUUUCACUCUAAUUGCAUCUGUGUGUAGAGGCUUUCUCAGCUCCAGUGUUUCAAAAUGGCCCAGAUAAAAAUGGAUUCAAUCUUGGCUUUGUAAAGAAUCUUCAGCAAGUGUUUGGAGAAGAAAAAAAGCUCUGGUUACUACCUAUUGCCUCUAGCCAGGGCGAUGGCCAUUUUUUCCCAAUGAGAGCUUUCUGUGAAGCUCAGAAUCCUCUCCUAGCAAACGAAGAGCAGUGGGAAGAUGAUGGAAUAGAUGAAGAGCCUCAUGAUGCCGGUGAAGCUUCAUCCCUUGCCAUAGAAAGGGAGACAUAG